AUGAACGGCCAGAAAGUGCUCGACAUACAUACCGACCCCGACCCGGGGGCAGCAGAGACCCCGGAGCAGACGAGUGACAAGCCUAAGAGAUAUGGAUACAAGUAUACCACAUUACGGGGUUACUUUCUGCAAGAUGAUCCUCAAACAAAGGCUCAGACCUUUGAUUUCAUGAAGACGAACUUCGGACUAGUGCAGCGGCCCUACGACUCAGACGAGAGCCUGCCCAACAAGGGCCAGGGCAUGACCCCAUGGCAACGCUUCGAAAACCACGUCACUUCCCUCAACCACGCUGCGAAACAAAAAAGACAUGGUUCCGAACAAGGUAGUCAUGUCCGAUACAAGCUACUCUUCCUCGGCCGGCACGGUAAUGGGUACCACAACAUUGCAGAACGGUACUAUGGUAAUGAGGCAUGGGACUGCCAUUUCUCCGCGCUCGACGGAGACCCAGAUGACAUCAUGGUUUGGUCGGACGCCCAUUUGAGCAAGGAAGGACGCCGGCAAGCAGCUGAAGUGAAUGACUUUUGGAAGGCGCAGAUCAAAGAGGAGAAAAUGAGCCUGCCGCAAGCGUACGUUGUGAGUCCUCUCGAUCGGGCUCUGCAGACCGCGGAGAUUACCUUUCAGGGGUUGGUAGAUAAGUUCCAGCCGACUGUCAUGGAGCGUCUUCGGGAAGGGACAGGCAUACAUACUUGCGACAGACGGAGUACAGUUUCGUAUGUCCGGGGCAGAUAUCCUGAGUACAUAACGACAAAGGACCCGCUGCUUACGGAAACGGAUGAGUUCUGGGACGCGGAUUUGCGAGAGCCCGAUGAUGCGCUAACCGCAAGACUGGGAAAGUUAUUUGAUCAGCUCAUGCAAAGUGGGGAGUUCAGGGAAGCGGAGACGAUCAGUUUUACGAGUCACUCGGGAGCUAUCGGCGCGAUACUGAGAGUCCUUGGCCAUAGGCCGUUCUCGUUGGGGACAGGCUCGGUCAUACCGGUUCUCGUCAAAAUGGAAAGGGUCGAGCUGGAGAAAAGGCAUGGUGGGCAGGCAGAAGGCGGUAAACACGCUGAAGUUGAUGACGAUGCGGACGAUGAUGUUGCUCAAGACGAGGCAAAAGAAGACGAGGAUGGGGACACUCUUGCAGAGACGAUGUCUGUUGCCAAGUCAAAAUGGGGGAGGAUACCGGCAUGCCCGGCUGAUAUGGACCUACAGACUGUCGGUCAAAAGCGCUGGGGUAUGGGAUUGAAAGAAUUCCUGACUGGCGUGGAGGAUGGAACCGUCCAGCUUGAGGAAGUGGCCUUUCGAGGGAGGCAUUGA